GACACAGCCGCUGAUAAAGAGAGAAAAAGGCGACUAGCAGCAACAAGUACUGGAGGAACAAGUGCUGGGAGGCGGACGGCGAAUGAUAGAUUCUACCCUGUGAGUCUCAACACGACUGGAAGUACCUGUCCAACUGGCGAGGGAUCUGGUGAAGAAUGGAGUGGUAUGUUUUGGUGCUGAUGCUGAGCUUGCCGCCCUCCAUCCACACAGAUUGCUCUUCGCAGUGUCUGAAAUGCGCACAGGAAGUCCCCAGCCCUGACAGCAGCCUGUCGUGCAUCGCGGAGUGUGUGGGCCAGCUGGAGAGCUGCGGUCAGGCUCCGCGGCUGGCGGACCUGAGCCAGGAUGAGGCUGCGCAGGAGGAGGAGAGCCAGGAGGCGAACCUCGUCAAGCGCUACGGAGGCUUCAUCAAAAGGAUCGACAAGAACAAGAACAAACUCUUCACCUCCCCGCGGCGCGACAAUUACAUCCUGAAGGCCGGGGCGCUGCCCAAGAAGUACGAGGACUUGCUAAAGAGUCUCGAGAAGAAGGACGCGACCCCGCCGCAGCGCGCGGAGGACGCGCUGGAGAGCCAGGUCCUCCGCGGUUACGUUAAACGGUACGGCGGCUUUUUACGCAAAUUCGGCCCCAAGUCAAAGAGGAGUAGCUCCGAGGAGGAGGAGGACGAGCAGGAGGAGGGGGCGGAGGAGGCGAAUCAGGAGCGCCAGGAGCCGGAGGAGCUGCAGAAGCGCUACGGGGGCUUCAUGAGGAGGGUCCGACCGAAGUUGAACAACUUGAAGUGGGACAAGCGGUACGGAGGCUUUCUGCGCCGGCACUUCAAAAUCUCAGUGCGCUCAAUGGAGGAGCCGUACUACUACUACGAUGACUUGAGCCUUUAAAUAAACCCUGCUGAUAAAGAAAAAUAAAUAAAUACACAAAUGAAUAAAUAAUUAAAAAGCCUAGAAGGAACUUGCGCAGGUCUAGGAAAUGCCAUUUAUCUAAAAGUAUCAUAUGCCUGCCUGCCUGUCUAGCCUACUCGGUUGCCUUCUGUGUAACAACUCUAAUCUCUCUGUUAUUUGCACCAUCGUCUGUCAUUCAAUAAAUGAUGCUUGUUUAAUAAAA